CCUUUUCCUCGUGCCCCUCCCGCAUGCACUUCGUCACGAUCCCGACAGGCCCAGCGGCUAAAAGAGUCACGUGAGGGUGGGCGGUGGAGGUGGAGGCUGUGUCUGCUGUUUUUUCGUCUCCAUGGUUGUCGGAGGUGGGCGGUUUUGGCCCAGAAGCCGCUGAAGCUCGAGCGUGGACGGGAUGUUUCGUCUUAACUCACUUUCUGCAUUGGCAGAACUGGCUGUGAGUUCUCGAUGGUACCAUGGAGGAUCACAGCCCACCCAGAUGAGGCGACGACUAAUGAUGGUGGCUUUCCUGGGAGCAUCUGCAGUAACUGCAAGUACUGGUCUCUUGUGGAAGAGGGCCCUUGCAGAAGCUCCACCAUCUGUAAACAACCUAAAAAGUGAACUUGGUGAUAAAGGGAAGAAUAAAGAUGAAGGGGAAGUUCAUAACCAUGAAAAAAAGGCUGCAGAUAUUUGUCUUGAGCCUUGUCCAGAAGAGAAGAAGAAGAAACGUUCUGGAUUCAGAGACAGAAAAGUGAUGGAAUAUGAGAAUAGGAUUCGAGCAUAUUCCACACCGGACAAAAUCUUCCGAUAUUUUGCCACCUUGAAAGUAAUCAAUGAGCCUGGUGAAUCUGAAGUGUUUAUGACUCCACAAGAUUUUGUGCGAUCUAUAACACCCAAUGAAAAACAACCAGAACACUUGGGCCUGGAUCAGUUUAUAGUAAAACGCUUUGAUGGAAAGAAAAUUGCCCAGGAACGAGAAAAAUUUGCUGACGAAGGCAGUAUAUUUUACACCCUUGGAGAAUGUGGACUCAUAUCCUUUUCAGACUACAUUUUCCUUACAACUGUUCUUUCUACUCCUCAGAGAAAUUUUGAAAUUGCCUUCAAGAUGUUUGAUUUGAAUGGAGAUGGAGAAGUAGACAUGGAGGAGUUUGAACAGGUUCAGAGCAUCAUUCGCUCCCAAACCAGUAUGGGUAUGCGUCACAGAGAUCGUUCUACUACUGGUAACACCCUCAAGUCCGGCUUAUGUUCAGCCCUCACAACCUACUUUUUUGGAGCUGAUCUCAAGGGGAAGCUGACAAUCAAAAACUUCCUUGAAUUUCAGCGUAAACUUCAGCAUGAUGUUCUGAAGCUAGAGUUUGAACGCCACGACCCUGUGGAUGGGAAAAUUACUGAGAGGCAGUUUGGUGGCAUGCUGCUGGCCUACAGUGGGGUGCAGUCCAAGAAGCUGACUGCCAUGCAGAAGCAGCUCAAGAAGCACUUCAAAGAGGGAAAGGGUCUGACAUUUCAGGAAGUGGAAAACUUCUUUACUUUCCUAAAGAAUAUUAAUGAUGUGGACACUGCAUUGAGCUUUUACCAUAUGGCUGGGGCAUCUCUUGAUAAAGUGACCAUGCAGCAAGUGGCCAGGACAGUGGCUAAAGUGGAACUCUCAGACCAUGUGUGUGAUGUGGUGUUUGCGCUCUUUGACUGUGAUGGCAAUGGGGAGCUGAGCAAUAAGGAAUUUGUUUCCAUCAUGAAGCAACGGCUGAUGAGAGGCCUGGAGAAGCCCAAAGACAUGGGCUUCACCCGCCUCAUGCAGGCCAUGUGGAAGUGUGCACAGGAAACUGCCUGGGACUUUGCUUUACCUAAACAGUAACCCAAAAGUGCAAGAGGGGCCACCUCUCCACCCCAGGAACCCUGGCCCCUUGAGCAGAGCCUUGGCACAGCCCUUCUUGCUGCUAUUUCUGGAAGUAGUGCUCCCUUCCUCCUGGGAAUAAUCUCAGGAUUCAACCAGUUUCCCUCUCCCCCCUUCCCUGUCCCAGUGUUCUGCUAGGCUCUUAUUCUGCCGAAUGAUAAUCCCCAGAGGUUCUCAAAAACAUGAGCAAGUCCUAGAAGCUCACACCUUUGGCACCUUCGACAGCACUACCCAUUCAAGUACCCUAUGGAUGAAGAAUGCAGGGAACCAUCUACAUACCUGCCAACCCUGGGAAACAUCCCACUGUCAAGUCAUCUUUGCUGUGGAUUUCUAUUAACAAGAACAUUCCUUACUUUUCCUCCUGCUGGUGUUUUUAAGCUACAAGUUGGGAAAACCUCUGGCAGGCCAAAGGAAAUUUGUGAUGAAUGAUAAUGAGGACAACCCAGGCACCCUGAGCUGGUGGGAAGCCUGGCCACAGGAAGGAUCUGUGUCAGUCCCCAGGGUGGCUCUGAGACCUGCUCCAGGAAGGUGAUAUGCACAGUGUAACAGAGCAAGAUUCAGAAUUUAAAGCAGCUGCUUCAUGGCUCUCUCCACUCCCUUCUUUUCCUCUCAGGCUCCCUAAGAAGACUCCACCACAACCCUGUCCUUAAUGAGCAGCAGUGAUUAAGUUCAUUUCUCUGCAAGUGCCAUUCCCCCUCCGGGAGUGUGCCUCCAAGGCUGAGGCCUGGCUCAGAGUCUAUUUGCCUUCUGUUUUAAACACUUGUAAAAUAUCACUUUAAUUACAACAGUUUGCAGUAAACCCCCCAAAGGUU